UGUGAUGCCCAUUUUUUGCACUGUCACUGUUUAGAUUGGCAUUAUAGUUGCUGUGGGUUCUUGCUUGAGAUGGUUCGUUAGAUGAAAUUAUAGCGAACACGUGAUGAUGAGUGGCACUAGGAAGCCAUCCGUCAUGGAUUCGCCCAUUUCGUUCUCAUUCUGGUCAUUUUCACUCGAACCAUACCGUUGAUAGGAUGGCCGAUCGCAAGCCAUCGCUGAACGUGGUGCUGUGUACCGUAGCUCUACUCGCCUGGACCGGUGGGUUCAGCACGCCGAGAUACGCCGAAGGUGCGAACAUUCUGUGUCUGUUUGCAGUGCCCAGUCCAAGCCAUCAUAUCUGGAAUCGGGUGCUAGUGGAUGCGCUAGCUGCUAAAGGGCAUAACCUAACGAUAGUGUCACCGGAUGUCGAGAAGAAAGUGAAACCAAACAUUACCUACAUCCAUCUGGAGAAAACCUACGAUGCGAUUCACGAGGGAGCGACAGCCAUCGAUUUCUACGAGAUGGCCCAGUCGGGUGUGCUGGAGAGUAUGUUCAUUUUCUACGAUUAUGCUAUCUCGAUGUGUACGGGCAUACUGAACUCCGAGGGUUAUCGGACGAUCUCCAACUAUCCCGAUGACUACAAGUUCGAUCUGGUCGUCUACGAUUACACGUGUGGACCGUGCUUGAUGGCACUGUACGUAAAGUUUGGUCAACCACCGCUGGUAGGAGUGACGGCUUUCAACAUACCACCCUACACUACCGAUCUCAUUGGGGGUCAUAAAUACUACGCGUACGUUCCCUACUACACGCUGGAUUACGAUAGUAAAAUGAGCUUCUUCGAGCGCGUUAAUAACGCCAUCAUCCAUUGGAUCGAUGACUACUACCGUAAUUAUGUGUUUUUGCCGCGAACUGAUCGAAUGGUACGGGAGCAUCUAACGAAUGCUACCUUUCCCUAUCUUGGCGAUCUCGAUCAAAAGAUGAUGCUUAUGCUGGUUAAUUCACAUCAUUCGGUCGAUUUCCCGGAGCCGAUACCAAAGAACAUGGUGGAGGUUGGUGGAUUGCAGAUCAUUCCACCGAAACCACUGCCGAACGAUUUGGAAGCGUUCAUAAAAGCCGGCAAAAAGGGUUCGGUUCUGUUCUCACUUGGCACAAAUGUGCUCAGCAAAGACCUGGGAGAAGACCGUAUCCGGUCGUUGUUGCAGGCGUUCCGUCAGAUGCCGGCCUACAAUUUCAUAUGGAAGUUCGAAACCGAUCUGCCCUUCGAGCUACCGGCAAACGUGCUGAUCAAAAAGUUCGUACCGCAGAACGACAUAUUAGCACAUCCGCAUAUUAAGGCAUUCAUGACACACGGUGGGCUGCUUAGCACACAUGAGGCCACCUGGCACGGUGUUCCGAUGAUCGGUAUCCCGGUGAUAGCGGACCAAUAUCGGAAUCUGGGCAAAUCGGUGCGUGCCGGAGUAGCGGAAAAGAUAGAUUUAUGGGAUCUGAGCACCGAGAAGAUACGGAACACGGUGCUGAAGGUGCUGGAAACCCCCAAAUACCGGCAUGCCAUGAAGGAACGUUCCAGUCUUUUCCAGGAUCAGGAAACACCCCCUUUGGAACGCGCCCUUUGGUGGAUUGAAUGGGCGCUGCGACAUCCAAAUGCGAAAACCAUUCAAUCGCCAACACUACAGCUGGGACCCUGGCGUAGCGAGCUGUACGAUGUGAAGCUGGGCAUAGUGGUGGCCGUGCUUGUGAUCGUUUGGAUACUAAAGAAACUCAUCGGUGAUCUUUACUCGAAAAUGUCAACCCCAAAGCCACCAAAGAGGAAAAUGAAAUGGAUAAAACUGAGCCGUCCAACGAGCAUGGCGUUUAGUUUCUGUCGAUCCGCGACGAUGCUACUGGAAGCGGUUAGUAUCUAUCUGGUGAUUGCUUUACAGGCCAGAGUGCAAGCUGCCAACAUCCUGUGCCUAACGCCCGUCCCUAGCCCCAGCCAUCACAUAUGGAACCGAGUGUGGAUCGAAGCACUAGCAGCCCGGGAACACAAUUUAACCGUAGUUUCGGCGGACGUGGAACAUAAACCGAUUCCGAACAUAACGUACAUCCAUCUGGAACAUGCCUAUUCGGAUCUGCACGAGGAGCUCGAUCUGUUACAAAUGGCCAACCGGGGUGCUUUGUUCGGUAUUCGGGAUCUAUACACCUGGGGUGUGGCCAUGUGUAAAGGUGUGCUACGCUCGAAUGGGCUCCGAACGAUCCGUUCGUAUCCGGAAGACUUCCAGUUCGAUCUCGUCAUUGCCGAUAUCACCUGUGGGCCGUGCCUGUUCCCGCUCAUACACCGCUUCGGUUAUCCGCCACUGAUCGCCGUCACUGCCUACAACAAUCCACAGUUUACGACGGAUUUCAUCGGUGGCCACAAGCACUACGCCUAUGUGCCGUUCUUUACGGUUAACUACGACUCGGAUAUGGACAUUGGGCAGCGGUUCUAUAACUGGUUGCUGCAUAACAUCGAUCACCUAUAUCGACAUUAUGUUUUCCUGCCAAAGAUAGAGCGCAUGGUGCGGAAUCACUUCCGGUACGAUGGCAUGCGACAGUUGGCGGAGAUGGAGCGCAACACAACGCUGUUGCUGGCCAACUUUCAUUACUCCGUUGAUUUCGCUGAAUCUAUCCCACCGAACCACAUACCAGUCGGUGGGCUACAGAUACUUCCGGUUAAACCACUGACCGCUGAGCUGAAGGAUUUCAUUGCUAGCGGACCCGAGGGAACGAUCCUGUUCUCGCUCGGCACAAACGUUCGAAGUGCUGAUCUGGGCGAGGGUCGCAUCCGCAUGUUUCUGCAGGCAUUCGAGCAACUGCCACAGUUUCACUUUGUGUGGAAAUUUGAAGAAAAACCAAGCUUUCACAUUCCGGACAACGUGCUGAUAAGAAAAUUCCUACCACAAAAUGAUAUUCUCGCACAUCCCAAUGUGAAGGCAUUCAUAACCCACGGUGGUAUGCUGAGCACGCACGAAGCAACCUGGCAUUCCGUUCCGAUGAUAGGUAUUCCUUUCAUAUGCGAUCAGUACCGUAAUCUGCAAAAAUCAGUAACAGCUGGUGUAGCGCUCCGGUUGGAUCGGGAUUCGUUGUCAAGCGAAAAGAUAAGACAAACUGUCCUUCAACUGACAGGGAAUGCCAGCUACGGAGAUAAGAUGCGCCAGAGAUCAGCCAUGCUACGCGAUCAACCGGAGCACCCUCUUGCGCGUGCCGUGUGGUGGAUAGAGUGGACACUACGUCAUCCGAACGCAGCCGCCAUCCAGUCGCCCACCAAGCACAUGUCGGUGUGGCAGGCGGAACUGUACGAUGUGAAACUUCUACUGCUACUAACUUUCGGGCUGAUAGCGUAUCAAGCAAAACGCAUAUUUGCACGGUACACACGGAACCGGACGGUCCGUGAGGUGGGCAAAAAGUUCAACCAAGCGCCAGACAUCUCAAUCGGCAUUCCGCGCUUUCGGCGAGAGAUUACAGUUCUCGUUGAAGCCACGAUGAGUGCGAAAGUGUUGCCGCUGGUGAUGCUGUUGGUGAUCGCAUACGCGGGCGGCUAUGCUUUCGGUGCAAACAUCCUCUGCAUCAUGACCGUCCCCAGCCCAAGCCAUCACAUAUGGAACCGAGUGGUGAUGGAAGAGCUGGUAAACCGGGGCCAUAACGUGACGGUUGUGUCGCAGGAUGUCGAUAAAUCGCGCCAAAAUCUUACCUACAUUCUGCUGGAGAAAGUGUAUUCCACCAUUUACCAAAAAAAUGCUGGGUCGGAAAUAAUAGAGAUGGCAGAUGAAACGUUCUUCCAAACGUUGUUCACUUUUCAACACUACUACCUAAGCACUUGUCGGGGUGCCCUAAAGUCCGAAGGACUGAAGGUGAUCGAGAAUUACCCGGACAGCUUCCGGUUCGAUCUGGUGCUGUACGACUUUGGAUGUGGACCCUGUCUGUUGCCGCUGUUGCAUAAAUUCAACUAUCCUCCACUGGUCAGCUUAACACCGUUUAGUAAUCCACCGUUUUCGAUCGAUGUUGUCGGUGGUCACAAGCAGUACGCAUAUACGCCUCAUUUUUCGUUACCGUACGGACUGGACAUGAGCUUCAGUGAAAGGGCAAUCAAUACGUUCUUGUAUCUCUGCGACAAGGGCAUACGAAAGUUUAGCACCAUGCCAAAGCUGGAUACGAUGCUACGGGAACAUUUCCCUUACAAGAGUAUGCCUUACAUCGAGGAACUGGAGCAGCGUACUGUGGUCAUGUUGGUGAAUACUAAUCCAACAUUCGAUGCACUGGAACCAUUGCCACCGAACGUAAUACACGUUGGUGGUGCGCACAUCAAGGAUCCUCCUCCAUUGCCAGCGGACCUGGAACAGUUCGUUCAGAGCGCCAAGAAGGGGGCAGUACUGUUCUCUCUCGGUUCCAACGUGCGUUCCGACAUGAUCGGUGAGCAGCGACAGCGCAUGUUCAUAGAGGCGUUCCGCCAAAUGCCGGAUUAUCAUUUCCUUUGGAAGUUUGAGUCAAACCUGGAGCUUCGUUUGCCACCCAACGUUAUCAUAAGACCGUGGUUACCGCAGCACAGUGUCCUGAAUCAUCCCAAAAUCCGUGCCUUCAUUACACAUUCCGGUGGGUUAAGCACUCAGGAAGCAUCAUGGUUCGGUGUUCCCCUGAUCGGAAUGCCCUUCUUUAUCGAUCAACAUCGGAAUCUUAAACGAUCGGUCAUUGGUGGUGUCGCGGAAGGGCUCAACUUUCACGCACUAUCAACCGAAAAAAUCAGGCAAACCGUCCAGAAGGUCCUAGAAACCCCCUCCUAUCGGGAGAACAUGCAACAGCGAGCAAACUAUUUCCGAGAUCAACUGGAACCCCCGCUCGACCGAGCAAUCUGGUGGAUCGAGUUCGUUCUACGCCAUCCGACCGUGAAACAUCUGCGAUCGCCCACGCUGGAUCUGGGGACCGUUCGGUCAAAUUUACUCGACGUGUACGCAUUCUUUGCUGCCAUCGUUUUAGCGGUCCUGUGGCUCAUCCGUUCGAUUGUUAAAAAAGUGGUCUUUCGUCGCUGUUCCUCGGUGACAAAAAAAAAACGCGAGUAAUAAAAACGGCUCAAUUUUGAAUA